AUUUAUAGGAAGCUAUCGUCAACAACCUGACGAUUACCAACGCAGCAUAAGUGCAAGCGAAUUGCUGCUGGAGCUCACAAAGAAUGGGUCGAUUCUCGCUUGCAGCGGCUGCUGCUGGAUUGUUGCUGGGUCUGGCAAGCGCUCUGGAUACAAGCGUUACAGUCUCUCUCGGUAAAAUAACCGGCGCGCAUUGCGCCAGCGGGGAGAGUGUCCUUUCUUUCAAGGGCAUCCCAUUCGCCGAGGCGCCCACGGGCACUCGUCGAUGGGCGGCGCCUGUCGCCUAUGGCAAGAUCUCUAAGUUCCCCACCGCUGGUCUGGACGCGACCAAUUAUGGCUACAUGUGUCCGCAGGGCGCGGGCGAGUACGAGUCUGAGGACUGUCUGUCGCUCAACGUGUGGGCCCCGGCCAACGCGACUGCAACCUCCAAGCUGCCCGUGCGCUUUUACAUCCACGGAGGAGGCUUCCAGCAAGGCUCCGGCAGUGACGACAGCUACGACGGCUGCCGCGGCGCGUCUGACGGCAACGUGGUGAUGGUGACUAUCAACUACCGGCUGGGUAUCCUGGGUUUCAUGGCGCUGCCCGAACUCAAGGACAGCGCCGCCAACGGCACCGUCGGAAACUGGGGACUGCUGGACCAGCAGCUGGCGCUGAAGUGGGUCAAGGACAACAUCGCGGCAUUCGGCGGCGACCCCAACAAGAUGGCUGUGUACGGCGAGAGUGCCGGUGCCUACUCGCUCCUGCUCCACAUGGUGGCCACCGGAUCCAAGGGCCUGUUUUCCUCCGCCGUGUCAUUCAGCGGCAGUGCGGACGCCAUGGCGGUCGACCUCCUGCCAGAUGCCUACAAGAAGGGCCAGGUCGUCGCCGCCGCCCUGAACUGCAGCACCGCAAGCAUCGCCACCGCACGCGGCUACCAGGACGUUGCCGACUGCCUGCGCAACAGCGCGACGCCGGCCUCCAUCGGCGCCAUCAUGGCCACGUACCUGACCACCACAAUCCAGUACUUGGUGCCUGUGGUGGAUGGCGUGGUGUUCACAAAGCACCCGGUGCUGCUGAUGCGCGAGGGCAAGUCCGCGACCGUGCCCAUCACGCUGGUCACCAACGCGCGCGAGGGCAUCCUGGAGAUCUCGGGCGAGGUGCAGAAGAACGUGAGCCUGGACACCUCCGCCGACUUCAUCUCCAUCAUGCGCCGCUUCGUGAGCGUGCCCAAGAGCUUCGCGGCCAAGGUGGCGACGCAGUACGACAAGGCCAAGUACGGUGACAGCCUCUACUUCUCAGCCAUAUUCGCGCUCACAGACGUGGGCUACCACUGCCCGGCGCUGCGCACCGCCUCCGCAAUGGCCGCCCAGGGCCUGACCGUGCGCCUGAUGCAGCUGCAGAUGGCCCGGCCCACCAACGGCUGCCCCCUACAGCUGGGUGCCGGCUACCCAGCCUACCUGUACGAACUGUGGGACGCCUUCCACUCCUAUGACAUUCCCUUCACUUUCAUGAUUCCUUACACCGCCGCCGAUGUGUGCAACUUCACUUCCGCGGAGCGCGACCUUUCGUCGUUUAUGUCUGGCAUGGUCAGCGCCGUCGCCGCCACGGGCGCCCCGGUGCCGGCCCGCUCCGCCAGCCUCACCGCGCCCCAGCUGCUCAACCUGACGUGGCCGGCGUGGACGCCGCUGCAGUCACAACUCAUCCUGGACAUGGACGUCAACGCGCCCAAGCUUAUCGAUACGGCUGACUGGAAGUCCACCUGCCAGAUCUGGGACGACAUCUUGAGUUCCAACAUCGCCCUGGGCACCCAGGACCCCGACGCGCUGCCCCCGCCGGCCGCCCGGUCGCCUCCCCCGCCGCCUGGCUCCUCGGCGGCUGUGGUGGUGGCCUCGGCCUGGGCGCUGUGGCUGCCGGCAGCGCUCACGGCGCUGGCGCUCCUCUUCUAAUGCGCUGGCGGCGUUCCGUGUGUGAUGUGUGCCCGGCUUGACCAUUACGUACCGUCUGGGUCUUGCCGGCGCGCAUCCGUUGCUGCCAGGGUGUUUACGCAUCGUGCCGUAAUCAUGUUGCCGUAUUGACGAGGUCGUAUACCGCUAGCUAAGGGAUGCACCCAUCCGCCUGGUGAGAAUGGAGGCGGCCAUUCGGCCCCUUCAUCCUGGCAGAGGUCGCCAACUUCCCAUACCGUGCGCAUUCAUCUUCCUAAACUAAAGCAU